ACCAACUAACGGUUCUGGUGUUGAAGAUUCCCCGAACGCCGCUCGUCUUGUAAAUCUACUUGCUCAUUGCUUUCUGCUUCAUCCUCACUCGUUCAGAAAAGAGAGAAAAAUGCGUGAGUGUAUUUCCAUCCAUAUUGGUCAGGCUGGAGUCCAGAUUGGCAAUGCCUGCUGGGAGCUGUAUUGCCUGGAACAUGGCAUCCAGCCUGACGGUCUGAUGCCGAGUGACAAGACCGCAGGAAGAGGAGAUGACUCCUUCAACACCUUCUUCAGUGAGACCGGCUCUGGAAAGCAUGUUCCCCGGGCCGUGUAUGUGGACCUGGAGCCCACUGUCAUUGAUGAGGUGCGCACUGGGACAUACCACCAGCUAUUCCACCCUGAGCAGCUGAUCAGUGGUAAGGAGGACGCUGCCAACAAUUACGCUCGUGGGCACUACACCAUCGGAAAGGAGAUCAUCGAUCCUGUUUUGGACAGGAUUCGCAAACUGGCUGACCAGUGUAAUGGUCUUCAGGGUUUCCUGGUUUUCCACAGCUUUGGUGGAGGCACUGGCUCUGGUUUCACCUCCCUGCUGAUGGAGCGCCUGUCUGUCGACUACGGCAAGAAAUCCAAGCUGGAGUUCUCCGUCUACCCGGCCCCACAGGUGUCCACAGCCGUGGUGGAGCCUUACAACUCCAUCCUGACCACCCACACCACCCUGGAGCACUCAGACUGUGCCUUCAUGGUGGACAACGAGGCCAUCUACGAUAUCUGCUGUCGGAACCUGGACAUUGAGCGCCCCACCUACACCAACCUGAACAGACUGAUGAGUCAGAUCGUGUCCUCCAUCACGGCUUCUCUUCGUUUCGACGGGGCGCUCAACGUGGAUCUGACCGAGUUCCAGACCAACUUGGUGCCUUAUCCACGUAUCCACUUCCCUCUGGUCACCUAUGCUCCUGUCAUCUCUGCUGAGAAGGCUUACCACGAGCAGCUGACCGUGGCUGAAAUCACCAACGCUUGCUUUGAGCCAGCCAAUCAGAUGGUGAAAUGCGACCCUCGCCACGGCAAGUACAUGGCCUGCUGCCUUUUGUACCGUGGAGAUGUGGUGCCCAAAGACGUCAACGCUGCUAUUGCCAACAUCAAAACCAAGCGCACCAUCCAGUUUGUGGACUGGUGCCCCACUGGUUUCAAGGUGGGCAUCAACUACCAGCCUCCCACUGUGGUUCCUGGUGGAGACAUGGCCAAGGUCCAGAGGGCUGUGUGCAUGUUGAGCAACACCACAGCCAUUGCAGAGGCCUGGGCUCGGCUCGACCACAAGUUUGAUCUGAUGUACGCCAAGCGUGCCUUCGUUCAUUGGUAUGUGGGUGAGGGCAUGGAGGAGGGAGAGUUCUCCGAGGCCAGGGAGGACAUGGCUGCACUGGAGAAGGAUUACGAAGAGGUCGGAACCGAUUCUAUUGAAGGGGAGGGUGAGGAAGAAGGAGGGGAAUAUUGAAAUGGCCUCCUAAAACUAGUUCUGUGUUUUAAGUCUUUUGUGGUCUGUUCUGAUGUUUUUCUACUUGCUGUUUUUGUGCUCAAAUACUUUGAGAUGUUGACAACACUUUUAAAGAGCAGAGCCAAUUUUGAAGGGGAAUUUUUAUAAUUGCAAUAUACUUGUCUUUGUUUCAACUUUGUAUUCCCAUUUCUAGGAAGAAACCAAUUCUAUUUUUAUUGCUUAUCCAAUACAUGUUUGUGAAUGAAUAGGAAACAAUCUUAAGUCUUUUCAGUAAUCA